AUCGAUAACAUGAUAAGAUUGUCCUAAUAAAAUAUUCUGUGAGUCAGUCAGUCAGUAUUCGCUAGUAGCAACGAUGGGGCCAAAAAUGCAAGAAAUCGAAGUUAAAUUCACUGUGGAAGAUAGUUUUGUUACUGCUGCCCUACCUUAUAAUAGGGCAAAAUAUCAAAAGGUAGAAGAUAAUAAUACUCAUGUGCCAGAAAGACCGGAGGACAGGAGCGUCGAGCCGACUGUAAGUGAGGAAUUACAAGAGGACUCGGAUCCAGUGAGAAUAUCCACAAGAGCAAGAUACUCUUAUGAGUUGGACAGGUAUAACAAGAAUGCUAUGUUGAUAUUUGAAGGAAAUUCAUCUGAUGAUGCUGGCAUCUCAUUUGACGAUGAAGACGGAUCUCAAAGUGACGACGUCAGUGCAAAAAUCAGGCAUACCUUUGAGAAAUUCCAUUUCGAAGUCACUAUUUAUAAGGAUUUGAACGAUGAGGAAAUUGCUAACACUUGUGAAAGAUUCUUUCAGCGCGACUUCACAGAAUACGGCUGUGUAGCAGUGAUGAUGUUACCGAAGACGAGAGACGGUAUAGUGGAGACUUGUCACACGCCCAAAUCUGAGUUCGGAGUGAUGCGAUACAUGUCUGAUUUGAUGCCCCCUACACUGCAGGACAAGCCGAAGAUUUAUAUAGUGCAAACUGAAGGCUGCUACGUGAUUCCCCGUGCACGAGUCUGGUCGACACUACCGCAGGAUAACCUCGAGUUUCGACUAUGUGUACCCAUUGUAUCGGCUCCAGACAUUAGCGGCAGAACAUCCAAGGUUUGCUGUCUCUUAGAGUACAUCCACGAGAAGAUCAGCAGCCUAGGAGACCAGGUCGACUUGCAGACACUAUUAUCCGACUCUGUAAGCGAGUUCAUAAGGACAACGCAGCUCUACGACUUUCCACUGCCAGGAUUCUACAGUUCCUUGACAAAAGAACUUCGAUUUGUUAGAAAACCUGAAUCGGGAUGAAAUCUUGUGUGUAGUUUUUCACGUUUAUCAGCUAAUAUUGAUCUCUUGGAACAGCUCCAUUGCUGAUAUGAUUAAAUUUCUAUUCAAGAGCACAUAGACUUCUGAAUGCCUUCAUUUUGAAGCAAUAUCUGGAGAUGCAGAUCUAUAGCCCACGUGCAGGGGCAGGAUUUGGCACUUCAUCUAGCUUAAGGCAAUGCGCCUGUGAUCCUUUGGUGCUGUCAUCAGGUGAUCCGUUUGCUCGUUUGCCUCCUAUUCCUUAAAAAAAAAAGCUUCAGCAGCAUUUUAAGUGUUCUGGGACAGACUCUCUUAUGAUACAGAAUAUGUGAGGAAUUGUGGAAUGUUAACAAUAUACACGGAGCUGAUUACUCUGACUUGCUCCAUUCAAACUCUGUAGAACCUUUCACUGGUUUUGGAUGUUGUACAUACUUAGACUUAGAUAUAUUAUAAUAGAUAGACUUAAAUACCUAGCCAAAGUGUUCAUUUUUGUAAUGAAAAUAUAAAAUUUAUAACUAUUUUGUGUGUCUUGUUUUUUGUGUACCUACAUGCAACUUUUCUAUUUUUUCUUACAUAAUUAAAAAUGUCGUUAUUAGAUAAUACCUGAAUAAUAGAAUACCCGGAUACACCUACAGAACAGCAUUUAUUAAUUCCCAUAAUCAAUGUUCCUACCAAAACGGAAAUUCGCAACAAUCGUGAUUAUCUACAAUUAAGCGAAUUUCCUC